GAGGAGCCUCAGGUGGCCACGCCCCCGGGCCCUGCUUGGCUGGGAAUAUGAAAGCGGGUAGAGUGCUUGCACAGUCCGGGUGAGCCACCAGCAGUGGUUCCCUCCUGCGGCCUGUUCUGCGGCCCUGCUGGGGAGGACUCGAACCCGCUUCGGAAAUAUUAAGAAGACGUGAUUUCCAAAGCCCAUUAUGAAAACAUUUGUCAUUGGAAUUGGUGGCGUGACAAAUGGUGGGAAGACAACCCUGGCUAAGAACUUGCAGAAACACCUUCCCAAUUGCAGCAUAAUAUCCCAGGAUGACUUCUUCAAGCCAGAGUCUGAGAUAGACACAGAUGAAAAUGGAUUUUUGCAGUAUGAUGUGCUCGAAGCACUUAACAUGGAAAAAAUGAUGUCAGCCGUUUCAUGUUGGAUGGAAAACCCAGGACACUCUGCGGGACCAGUAGCCUUAGAAAGUGCUCAAGGCGUUCCCAUCUUAAUUAUCGAAGGUUUCCUUCUCUUUAAUUAUAGGCCACUGGACACCAUAUGGAACAGAAGUUACUUCCUGACCAUUCCCUAUGAAGAAUGUAAGAGGAGGAGGAGUACAAGGGUGUAUGAGCCUCCUGACCCCCCAGGGUAUUUUGAUGGCCAUGUGUGGCCCAUGUACCUAAAGCACAGACAAGAAAUGAACACCAUCACCUGGGAGAUCGUUUACCUAGAUGGAACAAGAUCUGAAGAGGACCUCUUUUCUCAAGUGUAUGAAGAUGUCAAGCAAGAAUUAGAGAAGCAAAAUGGUUUGUGAGUAACAGCACAAAGAUGGAAUGCAGCAAGUCCUCCUGGGAUGGAUUAAGAAACUUGAAAGACAGCAAAACCCUAUGUUGGGAAAAAAAGAAAGGAAGGAAGGAAGGAAGGAAGAAAGAAAGGAAGACACGUGGAGGGAUGUGCUGAGGAACAUUAACCAGAAUGCAGUAUGUCCUACAGGACAGUGACAUCUCUUCUGUAUCUUUGUUCAUUUGUAUCACACUUUUCACAAUCUGUAGAGCAAUGUGUGUCCGUGCCAUUGGACAGGAACCUCUCGUGAAUGCAAGAAUGGCUUGCUCUCAUCCUGCAGGAGGCACGGCACAGUUCGUGCACAAAGGGUCAGUUCCUUUAAAGAAUGGAGGUCAGACUUUCCUGACUAGUUCCUAGCAUGAGAAAAAAAAUGGUGUCUAGUCCAGCAAUGAGUAUUGUGUUGUGUGUGUUUCUGCAUUUGUGUGUAUAGUUGUGUGUCCACAUUAUUAUGUGUAUUUGUGUUGUAUACACACACUCAAACACUACGAAAUGAAUCUUGUCUACCACACGGCAUUUUUUUUCUAGUUUUCAUUGCGUUAGUUAUAAUAUAUAAUUUGAAAAAUGAUGUUGUCUGCAAUCUCAUAGCAAUGCUCCCCACCUGGAACCAGCAUCAUUACCCAAAAUAAUGGUCUCACAUUGGCUGAGUCAGCAGUUUACUGCAGUGCCGGAGACUUUGUGCUUUGUAGUACGGGUUUUCUUCUGCUUGUUCAAUACCAGUGUGCCUGGGAUGAGAUUUUUAUAUCCAUAGAAGGAUUUGGUGUGUUUUACUUGGUUUUCUGAAACUAGCACUAGAAUUACAAAAAUCACAUAAUUUCUUCAGUCAUAUGGAAAACCAGAGCUUUUCUUUAAAAGACACAGGCAGGGGAUGGGAAUUAUAUAAUUUCUUAAUGCCUCUUUCAAUGCUGGGAUUAAAAUUAUGUGUUCAUGUAGAGGAAUCCUAAUUAAAAUAUAAAAUUGGUUUAUUAAUAAUAAAAUAGAUUGCACACAA